AUGCGGCCCCUGCUCUCAGCGCUGCUCAUAAUGUGUUUCCAGGCUUUACUGGUAGUUUGCAGCCCUCUUCAGGUGCUUGCCGUUGACAACUUCAACUUCAGCGUGCACGUGGAGAACCAGACGCGUCUGCGGGACGCCAUGAGCCGGACGUACCACAGGCUCUACCAGCUGUACAGCAGAACCAGCGGCAAACAUGUCCAGGUCCUGGGAAAAAGGAUCAGUGCCAACGGAGAGGAUGGGGACAAAUAUGCCCAGCUUAUUGUUGAAGCCGACACCUUUGGGAGUCAAGUCAGAAUUCGUGGGAAGGAGACCAACUUCUACCUGUGCAUGAACCGCAGAGGGAAGCUCAUUGGGAAGGCAAGUCAAUUGUAAAGCUGCCCCUGGCUCCCUUUAUGGCUGUACCAGAUGUUAUAUAAGCUCUGCGUUUAAUAGGAACAAAGAACUGUGAAAACAGAUACCUUUGUGGCAUCCUUUGUUAUGUACAGAGAGGAGAGUCAACAGGCAUGCUAGUUAGUUAUUCACUAGUUAAUUAGGUAAUAACUAAUCCCUUAUAUUGCCAUGGCUACAGAUGUGGCUUAACAUUGCUAAAUUGCAUUUAGCUUUUCAGUGUGCAUACUUAUAUGGUUAAAAUCAAUUUGCCUUCCAUUGUAGAGGGCCAGAAAUCUCAGUGAGGAUUGUGUCUUCAUUGAGAAGAUUCUGGAAAAUAAUUACACAGCACUGAUGUCAGCCCGCAACAGCGGCUGGUACGUGGGGUUCACCAAGAAGGGGAGACCUCGGCGCGGUCCCCAAACGCUGUCCAACCAGCAGGACGUGCACUUCAUGAAACGCCCCCCACCGUGGCAGGAUCCUCUAGACACAGUCACCGUUCGCUUCACCACCGUCGACAAGAAGACUAAAACAGAUCAGGAGACAAGGCCCAGUUAGAGGGCUUCUGGUACAUCCAAGAGACAAAAACUGUCUGGGAAAGCCAGAAUGACAGUAAAAUGAAGAAUGACGAAUGUGGACUCCCUCUGUCUUUGGACUUUCAUCCACGAUCCUGACCAUUUUUUUUUUUUUGCAUUAGACCUUGUGUCUGGCACCAUUUUCCUAGACAGAAUCCCCCCCCCCCACCACAAGUUGAUGCAGCUUGGGAGAACUUUUUUUUUCCUCAGUCAGUUAAUUGCUUCUUAUAUUGGGAAAAAAAAUACACUCCCUGUGGACACUUAAUUGAAAACUAUGACCACUGAGUAGCCGUGACAUACACUCCUUCACUUUCUUCACCAAUCAUCAGUUGUAAAUUACCAAUAUUGUGUUGUAGAAAAUGAGUGGACAGCUAUAUCUGUUCACAAAUAUUUACUCUCAAGUUCAAGUCUGCUGACCUACAACACAUGGCUUCAAAGCAUUGGAGUAGCACUGGAGACUAAAGAAAGGAUGAGGACUGUGUCAGUGGCAACUACAGUGCCCAGUUGUACGUACAGAGAGAAAAUACUAACGUUCAGUUUUAUAUUGAAAUAUGAAUACAUGUUUAGACAUGUGGAUACAACAUUCAUCUUUAUCCACUCAACCAUGGCCUCUGUUGAUACCUUUUUUAUUCUAGAGAGACACAGGACCUUUGGUUUCUGCAUUUGAAACAAUAGGACAUGCUGCUGUUAUACAGUAACGCACAGCUUAUACACCAACUCUUGCGAGAAAUGAAAUAUGAUUGAUUAUAAUCGGUACUGUUAAUAAAAUUAUUUAUUUCAUCAA